AUGUUCUCUUGCAGAGUAUGCGAAUAUGCGAAACCUGCAAAGAAGAUCCCAGCACGUAUUACCACACUCCAUAAGCAGGCAUCUUCGAACGUACCUAUCCAAGUUGAAGCUUCAAGUGUAAAUGUGAGAGGCCCAUUUGGAAGAACCGCCCUGAUGAUGUUGUGUGACAACUUUGAAAAACCUGAAAGUCAACUCAUUGAGGAAGUGGACAAAAUAUGGGCAGCUGGUGGAGAUUUGAAUGUGCAAGAUGACGAUGAGGAAACUGCAAUUUUCAUUGCUGUACGACAAGGUCGGUUGGGACUCGUGAAGAAGCUGCUGGACAUGGGAGCAGAUCCAACCAUCAUGAAUCACAACGACUCCACUUGUCUUCAUGAAGCUGCCGCUAACUGUAAUCUCAGUUUGGUCGAAGAACUACUCAGACAUAAUUCCGUGGUGAAGGAGGUGAGUUGGGUCGAAAGACAAAGAGGCUAG